AGUCCUGCACGGAGGAGCCAUCUGUACCGUGAGCAGCUCUGUGCCUCACCGCCGGCAUGUACGAGACCCUACAGUUCUCCAAGGUCCCCUCUGGAAGGACCCCGACCCACCAGGCAGAGGAGGCAGCCCCUGCAGCCCCAGGCAAGGCUGACGGCAUCUAUGAUAACCCCUACCUGAGCCCGGUGGCUGAGGGGCUGGCGGGGCCCGGGGCCCAGCAGUGCAGAGAGCCCCGGCGGAGUGUGUUGCCCCUGCCCCUAGGCCUGCUGGCAGCCUGCCUGGCCCUGCUGGUCACCACCAUCACCCUGGGGGUCUUCUACUGGCAGAAGGAGCAGCUGCUGGGACUGGCAGAUGUGGCAUUGGUGCAGGCUCAGGAGCAACUGCAGCCAGCCCGAGAGGAGCUGGUGCAGGCACGACAGGAGUGGAACCGCAGCCAGGAAGAGCUGCAGGAAGCCAAAGCGAAUCUGCUGUUGGCGCAGGGGAAGAUCCAGAACCUGCAGCAGCAGCUGAACACAGCUGUGAGAGCUCUGGCCACCGCACGGCCCUCCCAGGUCAGAGACUGCUGCCCGGAGACUUGGGUGCUGUAUCGUGGGAAGUGCCUGUUCCUCUCCAAGGAGGAGAAGACCUGGGAACAAAGCAAAGGCGAGUGUGAACAACAGUCCUCCCAACUCCUCAUCCCUCGGGACUGGGACCGCACGACAAUGCCGAGCUUUCUCACAAAUGUGGAUACCUCGUACUGGAUUGGUCUGCGGCAAUAUGGGGACAGUCGCGGCUGGAGGUGGAUCGAUGGGACUCUGCACCCAGAAGGUGAGAAACUUCAAGGUUAUGGUUCUUAUGGAGCAAUUAAAGGCGGCAGGAUAGAGAGAGCAGGCUGGUAUGGUGAUAAAUGCCACUGGAUCUGUGAGAAGCUGGAUGGCUGCCCCAUGUGAACUUCAGAGACCAUCCCCAGAGUAUGAAGACAGAAGGAUCUGUCGCUCCUGCUGCUCCAGCAUGACUGCACCUCGUGCGCUUCCCUCAGUGUUCCCAGGACUCAGCAUUUCCUGCUCUCCUGGCCUGGCCCUGCCUGGAUGCCCUUGCCCAGCCACCUCCAACACCUUCAUCCUGCCCGUCCCACAGCCCAGACCCAGGUGGGCUUCUUCACACAGCUGCAGCACACUGCAGACUCCUCUUGAGUCUGGGAUCUCCCAAGAUGACCAGGUCCUUCUCCAUAGCACUGCCUCCAGCCGUGACUUGCCCACUCUGUGCCUGUGUUCAUGAUCCUUCCUCCUGAGAACAGUGCGGUGCACUUGUCCACACUCAAUUGCAUCCUGUCAGCUCCAGCCCAGGUUUCCAGUCUUCUGAGAUGCAUCUGCACUGCGCUUGCACCCUUCAGGGUGUUCACAGCCCUUCCCAGCAUUGUGUCAUCUGCAACUUGCUCCAGAAGCUUUCUGUGCCAGUGUCCAGAGCAUGAAUGGACAUGUUAAGCAGCCCCAGGGCCAGGACAGCCUCCUCUGGGGCUCUGCUCAAAGUCUUCUGCCAACCGGACAUGGGCCCAGUCAGAAUGACUGACUCUUUCACUGGCGGAUGUGGAGCCAGUUGUCUUCCCACUGUAUAGUAGGUUUGUGCAGCCUAUGCAUCUCCAGUUGAUUUAGAAGGAGGUCAAGCAGGACUUAGUCCAAAGCCUUGCUGAAGUGCAGACACAUGACCCCCAUGACAAGCCCUUUGUCUACCCCUGCAUUUCAGUUACUCUGUCAUAGCAAGAGAUCAAUUUUGUUGGACAUGAUUUGUUUGCUGUAAGCCUAUGCUGGCUGUUUGGGACCAGUGUUUGUUCCUCCACGUACUUGCAAACUGCUUUCCUUAGUAUCUGCUCUGGUAAUCUCCUGGGGAUUGAGGUGAGGGUGACUGUUUCCUUUUGGUUGCUCUUGUGGUUUGGAGUGAGAUUAAUUGAUUAAUGAGACCAUUCCAGGCAUUACUCGAUAGCUGCAUUAGCAUACACAAGAGCAAGGACUUACUGGUACUAAUGAAGACAAUGCUUAUGCAACCUUGGGAUCAGGAGGAGCAGGUCUGCUGCCCAGGUCUCUCUGCUUCCUGGGGACUCUCAUUGAGUUUUGUUUUUUUUCUUCUGAGCUUCAGGAAACGUCAGUUUGUCACUUGCCCCAGUAAUAUUUAUGGGUGGUUAAUUUGACAUGCUAAUAAUUGAUCUCUGAUAGGUUUAUUUAAAUGUCUUUGUUUCACUGGGAGUUUUGGAAUUGGAUGGAAGCAGAUUUCAGUGGUCCUGAGAAAGGUGUCAAGGGGUCAAUUUAGCUAAGGCUCCUUAUUUUUAGGUGUCUGACCCUGGUCUGUCAAUCAUCUGAUAAUCUUUACUGCAAUCAAGAUCAUAUUCAUUAAUUGCAAUAUAUAUUUUUUGUGAUAGCAGAA